UGUUUUUUAUUAAUUUAUGACACCGCUCAAUUAAAAGUCAUUACAUUUAAUAUGUAUUCCGUUGCUUCAUAUGAUACUUUUUUGGCCUAAUUAUUGUACAUAUAUCGAUCUCACAGUGCAUCGCUCAACAUCCACCCACCAAAUACAUCUCUUCUUGAAGUGUUGUGAAAUCUAGGUUUUAAUUGCAAUGGAAACUAAGAACUCUGUUAAGCACCCUCCUUCUAAUUCACCAAAGCCAUUAUUACUUGAUCAAUAUCCCAAGAAAAACUUCUGGGAUUUCUCAGAUAUCUUCCAAAGCCAAGGUUUCUGGUACACAAACCCUCACCUAGAAGCUGCAAGAGACAUCCUAGCACAUUUCGAAUCACGUGACGACGAUAUAUUCUUAGCUUCCUCCAUUAAAACAGGCACAACAUGGCUCAAAGCCCUUUGUUUUUCAAUCAUCCAUGGUCAGAAAAAUGUAAAUGUCAAAGUCAAUGAGGAAGAAGAAGAAGAAGAUGACCCUCUUGUAAAGAACACGCCUUCCUCUUGUGUGCAAACCAUUGAAAACGGGGUUUACAUGACAAACCCUACUCCAGAUUUGUCAGGUAUGCCAUCUCCAAGGCUAUUUCAUACUCACUUUCCUUAUAGUGCCUUACCGGAUUCAAUCAAAAACUCCGAGUGCAAGAUUGUGUACAUAACCCGAAACCCUAAAGACACCAUGGUUUCGAUGUGGCGUUUCUUUAACUCAGUUAGGACACCCGAACAAGGUCCAUACCCUUUUGACAAAGCAUUUGAGAGCUUCUGCGAUGGGCUUUACCCAUUCGGACCCUUCUUCGACCAUGUGUUGGAGUAUUGGGAAGUGAGCUUGAAGAAGUCUGACAAGAUACUGUUUUUAAGAUAUGAAGAAAUAAAGAGAGAUCCGAAAGGACUAGUGAAAAGACUGGCUUCAUUUCUCGGAAGGCCAUUUGUGAAUGAGGAAGAGGUUGAGAAGGUAUUGUGGAGGUGUAGCUUGGACAGGCUUAAGAAUUUGGAAGUGAACAAAAAUGGUUCUACCGCGGUAGGGUUGCCAACGAACUCAUUUUACAGGCAUGGGGUUGUUGGAGAUUGGAGGAACAAUUUUAGCCAUGAGAUGGAAGAGAGACUUGACCAAAUUUCCUCCAUGAAGCUAGAGAAAACUGGGCUUGAUCUUAACAAAUGAAUCAAGAGAGAUCAAAUAAAUAAUUAAUAACUAAGCUUUGUUGCUACUUUGUUGUCAAGUGUUUGUUUGUGUGUUUUUUUUUUGUUUUUUCGUGUGACAAGUAUGUUUGAGUAAGAAAUGUCCCUCAAGAUAUUGGAUGGAUCCAAUUCUACUAUUGUUUGUUAUUUUGCUUUUGAAAUGUAGUGUUUGUUGUCUUGCAAUAUUUAUGAAUAUUAUUGUGAAGAAUGACUGUAUUUUACAUUUAAA